AUGUGAUAUUUCAGUUCUUAUCACUUAUUUCAUACCUUAAAUAAAUGUGAUUUAAAUAUACCCCACAUAUCAUUUUUUUAUCAAGCCACAAUCGAAAUUGUCCAUAUCCUUAAAACUAACCAAUUAAAUACCCUUGAUAACCUCCAAAUUAUGCUGAACAGAAAUGAAUUUUUUAAUCACUAUUCUAAUAUGGGCAACUGUAACCUCAGAAUUGACACCUACGAUCCUACUGUCUCUCUAAAUCGUCAAAAUUUCACAUUUCAUUAUCCCAUAGGCAAAGGAGGCUUCGGCAAAGUGUGACGAGUGACUCUAAAGAAAAACAAACAGAUAUAUGCAAUGAAAGAAAUGUUAAAAGCAAGAAUUAUUGCAAGGCGAUCUGUUCAAUCAGUAAUGAACGAAAGGAGGCUCCUAGCAAUUUUGAAACAUCCUUUUAUUGUGAAUAUGCAAUUUGCGUUCCAAGAUCACGAAAAUUUGUAUUUAGCGAUGGAUUUAAUGCCAGGAGGAGAUCUAAGGUAUCAUUUGUCCAAAGUGAAACGAUUUCCAGAGGAACAAACAAAAUUUUUUGUAACGUGCUUGGUGAUUGGAUUGGAGUAUUUACACAAAAAUAAUAUAAUUCAUAGAGAUAUAAAGCCAGAAAACCUUGUUUUGGAUAGCAAAGGAUAUGUACAUAUCACAGAUUUUGGAAUUGCGAGAAUUUGGCAGGCUGAAAAUUCAAAUGAAACUUCAGGAACACCGGGUUAUAUGGCUCCUGAAGUCUUAUGUAGGCAAAAUCAUAGUUUUCCAGUUGACUAUUUUGCCUUGGGCGUUAUUGUUUUUGAAUUCAUGACUGGAAAAAGACCUUAUCUUGGAAAAGACAGAAAAGAGAUAAGGGAUGCAAUAAUAGCAAAGCAGGUUCAGCUGAAGCAAAAUGAUGUGCCUAGUGGGUGGAGCGCAGAAGCUGUGGAUUUUGUAAAUAAAUUAAUUCAAAGGAAGCCUCAAAAUAGAUUAGGGACACAAGGAAUUGAAGAAAUCAAAGAUCAUCCAUGAUUGAGGGACGUUGAAUGAGAAAGGGCUUUCAACAAGCAGCUUAUUCCUACUUUCCGACCGCCGAAUUCAGAUAAUUUCGAUGCAAGGCAAGUCAUGAAUGAAUGAAAAGAUGAAGCAUCCAUGGCUCAAAAAGACCACUGCGAACAAAACUUAUUUAUAGGAUACUUUUUUGAUCAUAAUCUCCCAACUGACCAUAAUAACUCUAUGAGGAAUCCAAAAAUUGAAAUUAAAGCUUAA